AUCCAUUUUAGGAAAAUAUAAGGUUUUGUAGAAUUUAUGAACCAAAAUGGUUAAUGAAGUGAAAAAAAUGAAAAAGAAGAAGAGAAAACAUGAGGACUCCGAUGCAGCUGUGGAAGAUGGGAUUAAAAGGAAGAAGAAAAAAGAAAGUGUUGAGAAUGGAGAGAAGAAGAAGAAAACAAGUUCUGAAGAUCAAAUAUUGGAUGCAAAACUGAAAAAAUGUAAAAAUGAUGAUAAAACCAUUAAGGAAGAUGUGUUGGGGGACGGGAUAUUGGAUGUUACUUCUGAAGCUGCGAAUCAAGUUUACAAAAAGGAGAAAAAGAAGCGGAAAAAGAAAAAACUUAAAGAAAUGAGUAAUUCUCAACUUGUUGAGGAAAAUUCUGGUGCAGUUAUUACAGCAGACGAUGAAAGUGUUUCUGUAGGUGAAAAACCUGUUAAAAGUAAAAAGAAAUCUAAAAAGAAAGAAAAGGGGGAUAUAUUGAAUGCAAAUGUAGUUGAAAAAGAAGAAAAUGUAAUGGAUAAUCAAACUAUGUCAAAUUGUGAAAAUAAGGUGAAAAAGAAAAAGAGAAAAAAUGGAGAACACUUAGAUGUUUUAGAUAAAAUAGAAAAUGGUCAAAAUGAGACAAUUGGAUCUAAAAAGAAAAAGAAAAAAAGUAAAGAAAAGAAAUCUUUAAAUGGUGAAAUUUUAACACAUUCUGAACCAACUGACAAUGGUAAACCCGUUUUAAAAUGUGAAGAAGAUCAGUUAAAUCAGGAAAUUCAAAACGAACCGACAGAGUCUACAAAAAGGAAACUGAAAAAAAAGAAAAAGGGAAAUUUCAAAAAUACGAACAAAGAAUUAGAUUCUGCUGGAGAGAAUAUGGAAAAAGAAAAAGUUACUUCUCAUGAUGUGAAUAAAGAAUGUGGUAAAACAAAAGAUAGUUCUGCAGAUGGUUUAAUAACUUCUGAUAAGCAGCAAGAAACCAAGUUAGGACAGUGGUCCACCGCAAAAUUUAAUGACAACAACAGACAAGAGAAGUUCUUGCGUCUUAUGGGCGGUAAAAAAGCAGUGGGCAAAAAAACUGGUUUGUGGUCAGGAAAAACAACAUUUGCAAACGCUGCAAUGGACCAAACUGAAUCUAGAAAACUGGCCACUAAAUUGGAGGGGCAGUUUCAGAACGCACUUGAAUUUAAUUUGCAGAAACGUAAUGAAAAUAAUAGAACAAAGGGUCUUGGUUUUGUUGAAGAUCCUGCUAAAGGAAAGAAGUUUCAUAUUGAUAUUAAUAAGACAAAUUCAGUAAAAUUUAACUAAGAAUAAAUUUGUUUUGUGGUGUCAUAAAUACUGAUGUUUUAUCUUUUCGCUACCUGAGUUUAAUUUCCAGUAUCUUGUAAAUGAGUAUGUAGAACUACCUGAAAUGCAAUAUUUCAAAGAAGUAAAUGGUUUUGACGUUCUAUAAAAA